AUGACGUGGGAUCAGUGUAUGGAGCUAUGUGUUUGGACAUUUGUUCUCUCGAUUUUUGCUGUCUCAGGACGGUCAGUAACUCGGAUCGGCGUGUUGGAUAAUCUCUCCGACUACCAACCAACGUAUUCGUUACGUCUCACGAGUACUCAACCGGAAGUCGCUGAGGUAUUGAUCACGUGGGACAACGUCCAAAUGAACGAGCUCUUUCAGGUUCAUCAGAAAGUUUCAGGAAUUCGUAACAACAGUUUGGACAUAUUGCUGAUCUGCCAGAAUGGACUUAGUAUUUGGGACGCGAUGAUUUUUAAUCGGUCUUCUAGAAUGAUAAGUGUCUAUUCACCGGAAACAUUCUUCUUGCAUACCGGAAGUGCCGACACACAUCAAGAGUCUUCUGCUUUAGUAUUCGAAGCAAAUAUUCUGAAGGUGGAUGUCAAUCAUUCAAAGAUCUCAUCGGAAGUAUAUACGUCAUCAGUCUUGGAAACGACACAGAAUAUCUCGAUAUCUCUUCAGUGGAAGUCUGUUGCCAUUAUCUACGAUGACGAUGCGGCGUCCAUGGUUGAGAAGCUGACUAUUUUAUUGAACAGAGAGGGCAUGUUUGUGAUGUCAUAUCCGGAACGUGACGUCAGUUUGGUUCGUUCUAACAACCGGACAUUGCUUGAUGAUAUUUAUGAAAACUUCGAUGAGAAAGGUGUAAACAUCACCGUCAUCUGUCAUGUUAAGUGUGUCCAGCGCGUCCUAAACCAGGCAAAUUUAUUUGAUCACAUGCCGAAUCACAAGCACCAAACUGCAAUGCGACAAAGGUCCAGAUGGUUUAUCAUCACAAGCGCACCUGACCUUGACCGAGACGUUGGAGCCUACUGUUAUGAUCUUGAUAAUGUGGCUGUGUUUAAUCUUCAUCAGAAAGAAGAAGAAGAAGUUGAUGAUAACCCGAAGACUCCUUCCCCUCUCGACAUUGAUAGUCUGUACAAUAUUCCAUCUGCUACGAUAGCCGCCUCUACAGGCGGGAUCAACGUUACACUAUCCCAGCAUACAUUCGGCAGAGUUAUCGAGGCUCUUGUGGAUCACGUGAACCAAGUUCCUCUGUGUAUUCAUUGUGACAUUUAUACACUCAUCUGGGUGAAAAAGGGCGGCAAAAUAAGGACCAUGAAGGACUCAAGAGACAGACGAAGCUUCCAGCAAGUUGGUCACGUGAACAUUUCGGGAGUUCGGACGAUGUAUGGGGAUAUCUUCCCCAACGUCAACUUCCAUUUCAAUGGACGUGAAUUUCUGACAACCACAAACUGGUGGCCGCCAUUCAUGGACCGACAUGUGAUCAACGGCACUCGAGUGUAUUUUGGUUUCUGUCAAGACAUGCUGGAUGAAUUGGCCAGCCAGCUCAACUUCACGUACAUUAUGACAGAGCCAGCGGACAAGGAGUGGGGCUUUAUGUUAAACAAUGGCAGCUGGACGGGAAUGAUUGGAGAGCUACAAAGAGAGGAGGUGGAUAUGAUGAUAGCACCAGCCUCGAUCCAGGCAGGACGGGAGAUGGUUAUGGAUUUCACACAUCCGUACUACUUCGACACCUCUACUAUAUUGAUGAAACGUCCUGACCCCAACAAAACAAAAUGGCGGACUUUAAUCGACCCGUUCGCAGACAUUGUCCAUAUGUGUAUCUGGAUAACACUGUCUCUUGCCGCUCUUAUAUUAACAGUGCUGGAGCGGAUCAAUCCUUUCUACAGAAACCAACAGGAGGCCGAAGAGCACAACACGUACCAAAACACAUUUUGGUAUAUGUUUGGAGCGCUUCUAACUCAAGGUGGAGACCGUUUGCCGGAAUCCCAGACCGGACGUACCUUAAUCAGUUUCUGGUGGCUUUUCUCGAUUGUAAUGGUAGCCACAUACAGUGGAAAUCUCAUUGCCUUUCUCACGGUGGCUAAGGACAGGUUGCCUUUCAACUCACUGGCGGAGCUUGUGGCACAAUCAGAGUACAGCUGGGGCACACUAGGGGGAACCUACUUCAUUACAAUGUUCAAGGAUUCGACUUUACCAGUGUACUUGAAAGUAUGGGAUGGUGUGGUGAAAGCUAACUUGUCCGACCCCCGGGCUCUCUCGCCCGACCCUGCCAUCCAUAUCCAAAAGAUUCUAAAGGAGGAUUAUGUCUACUUCGGCGAUAAAGUCGUGAUGGACAUGCGCAGAGUGAAUGACUGUCGUCUUGUUACAGUGGAUGAAGAAAUUCCAAAUAUGUCUUACGGAGUUGGUUUACCAAACCAUUCGCCUUACACAAAAAUAUUUUCAAAUAAAAUUUUGGAAUUACUCGAGAGUGGGAUAUUUUCAAUAUACACCCACAGACAUUGGCCGAAAGUGAAUUAUUGUAAAGAGACAGUGCAAGCAAGUGCAAAGCAGAUAUCACUCAUAGAUGUACAUAGUGCUUUCAUUUUGAUAGGAAUUGGUAUAACCUUCGGUUCUGUGGUCCUUCUGGUAGAAUUUAUUGUAAGAUAUCGAUAUAAACUAUUUAGUUGUGUAAUACCACAAAAGAUAAAAGACAAACAUGUUGCUAAUAAAAAGUUCCGUGAUUGUAAUGCUGUUUACAUCGAUGGCAGACAGAAAUCGGAACUGGAAGCGUCAGGCAGACGCAAGAGUGUGGCAAAAAGGCGAGGAAGUAACAUUGAAAAAUUCGAAAAAAGAAGGACUUUCGAAACAAACGUCAAUGGAGAUUAUGGCUAA